AUGGGCUGCUCGAGACCACUCCCAUUUCGUUCGCCAUUAUGGGCUGAUCGAGACCACUCAGAUUUCGUCCGCCAUUAUGGGCUGAUCGAAACCAUGCCUAUUACGUCCGCCGAUAUGUUGCCGAGAACAUUUCCAUUUCGUCCGUCUGAUCGAGACCAUCCCCAUUUCGUCCGCCGAUAUGGGCUGAUCGAGACCAUCCCAUUUCGUCCGCCAUUAUGGGCUGAUCGAGACCAUCCCAUUUCGUCCGCCAUUAUUCGAAACCAUGCCUAUUACGUCCCGCCGAUAUGUGUUGAUCGAGACCAUCCCCAUUUCGUCCCCCUCUUAUGGGCUGAUCGAGACCAUCCACCAUUUGGGCUGAUCCGUCCGCCAUUAUGGGCUGAUCGAGACCAUCCCCAUUUCGUCCGCCAUUAUAAGCUGAUCAAGACCAUCCCCAUUUCACCAUCCCAUUUCGUCCGCCAUUAUGGGCUGAUCGAGACCAUCCCCAUUUCGUCCGCUAUUUGGGCUGGGACCACUCCAUUUCGUCGCCAUUAUGGGCUUAUCAGACCCCGAUUUCGUCCGCCAUUAUGGGCUGAUCGAGACCAUCCCAUUUCGUCCGCAUUAUGGGCUGAUCGAGACCAACACCAUUUCGUCCGCCGAUAUGGGCUGAUCGAGACUACUCCCAUUUCGUCCGACAUUAUGGGCUGA